AUGCAGUUGGACGAUCCUCCUACCAUGGAGCCAUCAAGGGAGGUCAAUGAAGAAGCAGAGGCAAGUGAGAAGGAAUUAGAAGAUGCUAGGGUUGAGGAGGCAUCAAGGGAACCACCACCAAAGCCACUUGCUCCAUAUGUGCCCAAGAUUCCUUUUCCUCAAAGGUUAGCACAAGCUAAACUUGAGAAAAAUUUCAGUAAGUUCCUCGAUAUUCUUAAAAAGCUUCAUAUUAAUAUUCCAUUCCUAGAUGCCAUAUCUGAGAUGCCUUCUUAUGCAAAAUUUUUAAAAGAUAUGCUAUCUAACAAGAGGAAAUUAGAAGAGAAUACUACAGUUGCUUUUAAUGCAGAGUGUAGUGCUAUUUUGCAGAACACUCUCCCUAAGAAAUUAGGAGAUCCAGGUAGCUAUUCAAUACCAGUGAAGCUUGGAGAUAUUAAGAUCAAUAGGGCACUAUGCGAUCUAGGUGCAAGUGUGAGCCUUAUGCUGCUGUCCAUAUGCAAGAAGCUACAGAUGGGUGAGCUUAAACCUACACGAAUAUCUCUACAACUUGCAGACAGGUCCGUGAAGUUUCCUUUGGGUGUACUUGAAGAUGUACCCCUCAGAGUAGGUAAAUUUUUCAUUCCAUGUGAUUUUGUUGUGAUGGAGAUGGAAUAA